CGCGCACUGAUCGGCUGUUCACGAACCCGCCCGAGGAUCCCCGAAGAACCGUAAACAAAGAGAUCCAGCAGAACAGGGUCACGGAACCACAGCUGCCGCUGCUAAAAACAUCAGCUUGAAAGCAGGACACGUUGUUGGUCGAGCAUGCCCAGUAACACAGCUCAACUCCUGGAGUCCGACGAUACUGAACCGGACCUCCCGGUACCGGUACACAACCUGAGCCGGAUGAGCCUCCGCGAUGAUGAGAGUCCAUCACAACAACAUGAUACUUCUCAUCUGGGUGUCCUGGGUGCGGUACUGGACCUCCAGCCCUUAUCCCAAACUGGAUCCGAGGAGGAAAACACCACCACUAACAACAACAACAACAUCAGACAUGAUACUGAUUCAGAUCAGCUCUAUGCCGGGCUCUUCCAGGACGGGCCGGACGAGUCCCAGGGUUACCCGGUUCAGGGGAAUAUGAUGGCGAUGAUGAUGAUGAUGCAGGAGGGUGAGAGGUGUGCACUCAACACCAGGAGGAAGAGCGUAAACACAACAGAGUGUGUGAUGGUGCCCACUUCUGAACAUGUGGCAGAGAUAGUUGGCCGACAGGGUUGCAAGAUCAAAGCUCUAAGAGCAAAGACCAACACUUACAUCAAAACCCCCGUGAGAGGAGAGGAACCAGUGUUUGUAGUGACCGGCCGGAAGGAAGACGUCAUUAUGGCAAAGCGUGAGAUUCUGUCCGCGGCUGAGCAUUUUUCUCUCAUCCGGGCAUCCCGAAACAAAGUGGUGCCGAACACAGGUCACAACGGCGUUCCUUGUCAUCCGGGACAGACCACCAUCCAGGUUCGGGUGCCAUAUCGAAUGGUAGGGCUCGUGGUGGGGCCGAAAGGAGCGACUAUCAAGAGGAUCCAGCAGCAAACCCACACCUACAUCGUCACGCCAAGCCGCGACAAAGAACCGGUGUUUGAGGUGACCGGGAUGCCUGAGAACGUAGACCGAGCUCGGGAGGAAAUCGAAGCCCAUAUUGCGAUGCGAACCGCAGGAAGCUUGGACACCAGUGUGGAUGAUGACGACUUCCACUACAACGGCACCGAUGUUGGUUUCGAGUCGGGCGGCAACGGAGCCUGGCUCUUCUCCGGCGGCGUUUCAAACUUCCACAGCAAUGCUGCAGGGAAUCGCAACGACAGCUCCAGCUCGCUCGGAAGCAACUCUAGCGAGUCCCACUACAGCGGGAAAGGCAGCGCAGUGGCGGAUCUCAGUCCUGGCAGCAGCGGAGGCACGUUCUGGUUUGGUGAUUCCCAGUUGCCCUUGGGACCUGAAGAUCCUGCGGGAUACGACGGGCUAAUGAUGACGGCGCCGCCCAGCAAUCCGCAGCCGACGCUGUGGGGCGCGAGUUUGCCCACUACGCCGAGGCUCUCUCCGUCUCUUCUGGCCCGUCUGUCUCCGUCUCUUCCGGAGGAUCAUCCGCUGGUUCGGUUGGUGCAGGAGAAUUCCCAGAGCCUCCCUGCCUUUGGUUCCACGUUUUCUCCGUCUAGCGACAGCACGGGCUCCAGCUCUCCACCAGACGUGCGCACUUACCCAAAACACAGCCAAGUUCCUGCGUGCGUACGUUGCAGAGACAACAUGGCGGCGCUUGUCCUGGGCGGGCAAAACCUUGUUUGUUUGGAGUGUUCCAACUCCGUCCUGCAAAGCGCAUAGAGAGAGAGAGAGAGAG